AUGUCUGAUUUAUAUGAGAAGAUACAAGGUGAGUUGGUGAGUUCGGGGAAAUACAAGGAAAUCUACAAUCUCCUGGAGACAGAACUACGAAAUUCCGGAUGGUAUGAUAAUUUUCUAAACCUAACUAUUGAUACCGUGGAAGGCACCCCUGAUAGUGAUUUACAGUUUGGGAAGCUGGUCAACAUGCUACAGGACAAGGGAAUAGAAAGUGUACCCGAUGAGGUAAAGGUGAAGGUAUUACAGAAAAUUGCGCAGUUUUUGGAUGAUGUUGUUGAAUGA